UGUCUCCCCAGUGACGAUAUUUACACACCGCACCAGGUACUCAUUUGAGGCUGAGUUGACCUAGGGGAGGCACAGGAUCGGUUCAGAUAUUCGUCACUGGUGUUGGCAGUGAGCGGGAAUCGAACUCUGGUCGCCAGCUCACCCACCCGCUCGGCACCCCCACACCCCCCCUGCUCGCUGGCCGCCACUGUACGCACGGCACGGACGCGGUGCGCUCACUCGCCGUUCUCAGGCCGGGAGUCAGGCGCGACCGUGGCGCUGCUCCGACCCCCUCGUCGCCUCUCGUCCUGCCGCCUCGUCCCACCUCCGGCAGGCCUCGGGGAGACGCGAUGAACUGGGCUGACAUGUGUACCGUGGUUGGGGAUGGAGCCGAGUUGUCAGGUCUGGGCGGCCUGUUCGGGUGGCCGGACCUGGACAUGGACCCCGUGAGUCCGACCUGCAGCCUGGGCGACUCCGUGUGCACAGAGUCCGACUCCGCGCCCUUCUCUACCCCUGCCGACUCGCCCUCCAAGCCCUGGCCGGGCCCGGACUUCGGCAGCGUCGAGGGCCAGGACGCCGGCUACGGCGCCUACGCCGGCUACGCUGAUCUCGGCGCGGCGCCGCCACCGCACACGACGCCGCGCACGGCCCCCGAGGUGCCGGUGCUGGCGCUGGGGGUGGCAGCGCUGCCCAUCGAGUGCCGCGUGUGCGGGGACCGCGCCUCCGGCUUCCACUACGGGGUCCACGCCUGCGAGGGGUGCAAGGGAUUCUUCCGCCGCACGAUCCGCAUGAAGCUGGAGUACGAGAAGUGUGAGCAGCGCUGCAAGAUCCAGAAGAAGAGUCGGAACAAGUGCCAGCACUGCCGCUUCCAGAAGUGCCUCGGCGUGGGCAUGUCGCACGAGGCGAUCCGGUUCGGGAGGAUGCCCCAGGCAGAGAAGGAGCGGCUCAUCGCCGAGGUGUGCGCCAACGGGCUCGUGGGAGGGCCCAUCUCGGCCUCCGCCCUCCUGGUCUCACGCGGCGGCGGGGGGGGCGGGGGGGGAGCCCGCGGCACCGGUGGGGGGCCGCCCCGGUGCUUGGCGGAGGGGGGGGGGGCGGGGGAGACGGAGGCGGCUGCGGCGGGUGACCUGCGCUCGCUGGCGCGCGUCAUCCAGGAGGCCUACCUCCGUAUCUUCCCGCUCUCCAAGGCCCGGGCGCAGGCCAUCCUGGCCGGCAAGGCGGCUGGCAGUGCGGUGGUGAUCCACGACCACGACUCGCUCGCCCGGGCAGAGGACACUAUCCUGCACAAGCUGGGCUACGGCACCAUUCACGAGAGCAGCGGCGCCAUCGACGUCAGCCUCGCCAGCGUCGCCACCGGCGGGGGCGGCUGUGGCGGCUGCGGCGGAGCCUGCGGCGGCGCCGGUGGCGCCACGGGGGACGACGGGGCGGCGUGCGAUGCGGCGGCGCGCGGCCGAGUGCUCGGCAACGACCGCAUCUUCAUCACCGUGGUGAGCGGCGGCGGCGUCGGCAUCGGCGGAGGAGGCUGCGGUGCCGACGCUCAGGCCGACCUGCUGCGGAAGGGCGCGCCGGAGAUCCGCAUCUUCAACCGCUGCCACUACCGCGUGGUGGAGUCCGUGCGGGAGGUCACCGAGUUCGCCAAAAGCAUCCCGGGCUUCAUGGCCCUCGACCUCAACGACCAGGUCACGCUGCUCAAGUACGGUGUGUACGAGGUGAUCUUCGCGAUGCUGGCUGCCCAGAUCAACAAGGACGGGCUGCUCAUGGCGUACGGCACGGCGUUCAUCACGCGCGAGUUCCUGCGCUCGCUGCGCACGCCCUUUUGCCACGUCCUCGAGCCCAAGUUUGUGUUCUCGGUGCGGUUCAACGCCCUGGCGCUGGACGACACCGACCUGGCUCUCUACGUCGCCGCCAUCAUCCUGUGCGGCGGUGAGAAACACUGA